GUGUGAAGAUGGGAGUUGUGCAGAAAGCAUCCAGCAGGUUUUGCACAAGGAGCAGUGCGGGCUCACCCAGCUUCUUAAGGGAGGUUUUUGUUUUCUCUUGUCAGAGCAUGGAAAUGUGGUACGAGACGGAGCUGGCCCUGCGCCAGAGCGUGGAGGCGGACAUCAACGGGCUGCGCCAGGUCCUGGACCAGCUGACGCUCUGCAGGUCCGACCUGGAGGCACAGCUGGAGUCGCUGCGGGAGGAGCUCUGCUGCCUGAAGAAGAACCACGAGGAGGAAAUGAACUGUCUGAGGAAACAGUCAACGGGAGAUGUGAGUGUGGAGGUCAAUGCCUGUCCCGGCCCUGACCUCAGGAAGAUCCUGGAGGAGAUGAGGUGCCAGUAUGAGACACUGAUUGAACGCAAUCGCAAAGAAGUGGAGGAUUGGUAUGAGUGCAAGAUUGAGGAGGUGAAUCGGGAGGUUAUCACGAGCGGUCAGGAGGUGGAGACGUGCAACAAUCAGGUCACCGAGCUGAGGCGGCAGCUGCAGGCCCUGGAGAUCGACCUGCAGGCUCAGCUCAGCCAGAGGGACAACCUGGAGUCCUCUCUGGCUGAGACAGAAUGCCGCUACAACAACCACCUCGGUGAGCUGCAGACCCAGAUCACGUGUGUGGAGCAGCAGCUGGCAGACCUGCGGGCGGAGAUGGAGUGCCAGAACCAGGAGUACAAGAUCCUGCUGGACGUCAAGUGCCGCCUGGAGCAGGAGAUCCACACCUACCGCUGCCUGCUGGAGGGCGGGCAGCAGGACCUCAUUCAGCAAGGAGGAAUUGGUCAGUUGUCGGGUCUAGGAGGAGGAGUUGCACGAACAGGAGGAAUAGGAGGAGGAGGCAUCAUCCGAACAAGCCACACGUACACUUCGUCUGCCCAGAUGCCAUCCUGUGCAGCUGCGGAGAUACAAGUGCCUUGCAGAAGGAUUUGUGAUUAAGAAGAGAAAUGAGAAUAUCCAAUGAGAGAUCCCUGAAGCAGAGCCAUGGAUAAAGAGAGAGAAUAUUUACUGUACGCCUCUGCAAAGAGCAAGGAACUGCUCCUUUGUAUUACUCAGCACUGCUACGCGAUGUGCCAGAGGGAUAAGCAGAGCGUUGGGCCACAUUCUGCUUUAUUUUGCUAUUUGCUUUUUCCAAUCUGUAUUGCUGCACCUGCCCAACCACCGUGACUGCUGCUGGAGGUCCCCAGUACUAUGAUCACUAAUGUACCUGCUGGUGAAAAAACUUCUCUAAUAAAUCUGUGCUUCUGCCUGACGCAAUCAACAAA